GAUGAGGAUUACUACAUGCAGGAACUUCUAAGUAGGGAACAUUACCACCGCAUCCCGUCCCCAGAGGAGACCCCACAGGAGGGGCAGGAGCCAUGGGCUGACCGUCACCCCAUACCAAACACCAGAACUGCGCCGCCGAAAGCCAAGGCAGCCAAUGGGAAACAGGCAGCAAAAGUGAACGCUGAUGCUAAGUCAGUGAAAUCUGGAAACAAGAAGGCAGAGAAGACUAAAAAGGGAACUGUGAAAACACCCAACAGCAUCAAUGAGGCAGAGGGUUCAUACAGAUCAGAGAAAGAGGACUGCCCACCAAUGGGGUUGGAAACGCUGAAGAUCGAUGACUUUCAGCUCCACGCCUCCACGAUGCGGCGGUAUGGCCUGGGAGCUCACCGAGGUCGGCUCAACAUACAGGCUGGACUCUAUGAGGAUGAUCUUUAUGGUGGAGGAUGGUGCGCUGGCAGAAACGACCCCCUGCAGUGGUUUGAGGUGGACGCACGAAGACUCACCAAGUUCACAGGAGUUAUAACUCAAGGAAGGAGCUCCCUCUGGUCAAGCGACUGGGUGACAUCAUACAAAGUUCUGUUCAGUAAUGACAGCCAUACCUGGGUCCCACUGAAAAAUGGCUCCAGAGACCUGAUCUUCAUUGGAAAUAAAGAGAAGGAGAUUCCAGUCCUCAACACCUUCCCCAAACCCGUGAUGGCACGCUACAUUCGCCUCAACCCUCGAUCGUGGUACACCGGGGGCAGUGUGUGCAUGAGGGUGGAGGUCCUUGGGUGUCCCAUGCCAGACCCGAACAAUUACUAUCACAGACGAAAUGAAAUUACAACAACAGACAAUUUGGACUUCAAACACCACAGUUAUAAAGAAAUGAGACAGCUCAUGAAGGUCGUGAACGAAAUGUGCCCCAAUAUAACAAGGAUCUACAACAUAGGCAAGAGCCAUAAUGGUCAGAAACUCUACGCUAUUGAAAUCUCAGACAACCCCGGAGAGCAUGAGCUGGGUGAACCAGAGUUUCGCUACACAGCCGGUUCCCAUGGAAAUGAGGUGCUGGGGCGAGAGCUGCUCCUGCUCCUGAUGCAGUUCAUGUGUCAAGAGUACCUGUCUGCUAACCCGCGGAUACGGCACCUGGUGGAGGAGACCCGAAUACACCUGUUGCCCUCCAUCAACCCCGAUGGGUAUGAGAAAGCCUUUGAAAUGGGCUCAGAGCUGGGUGGGUGGUCCAUUGGUCGGUGGAGCCAAGACGGUCUGGACAUCCAUCAUAACUUCCCUGACCUGAACUCUGUUCUGUGGGAGGCAGAAGCUCGAAAAUGGGUCCCACGAAAAGUCCACAAUCACCACAUACCCAUUCCAGAGUGGUACCAGUCUAAAAAUGCCUCGGUUGCUGUGGAGACAAGGGCAUUGAUUGCAUGGAUGGAGAAGAUCCCUUUUGUGUUGGGUGGCAACCUCCAGGGGGGAGAGCUGGUAGUCACCUUCCCGUACGACCGAGCUCGUUCGCAGGGCGUGCUCCGGGAACAGACGCCCACCCCAGAUGAUCACGUGUUUCGAUGGCUGGCAUUCUCUUAUGCCUCCACCCACCGACUGAUGACGGAUGCAAGUCGUCGAGUGUGCCACACUGAAGAUUUCGCUAAGGAGGAUGGAACCAUCAAUGGAGCCUCAUGGCACACUGCAGCAGGGAGUAUGAAUGACUUCAGCUACUUACACACUAACUGCUUUGAGCUGUCCAUGUAUGUGGGCUGUGAUAAAUAUCCCCAUGAGAGUGAUCUGCCCGAUGAAUGGGAGAACAACCGUGAGUCUCUGCUUGUCUUCAUGGAACAGGUACAUCGUGGGAUCAAAGGAGUGGUUAGGGACAUGCAGGGGAAGGGAAUACCUAAUGCCAUCAUUUCUGUGGAGGGGAUUAAUCAUGACAUUCGCACCGCCACGGAUGGGGACUACUGGCGACUCCUGAACCCUGGAGAGUAUAAAGUCACGGCCAGGGCAGAUGGCUACAGCCCCAGCAGCAAAGUGUGUGAAGUGGGUUACGAAAUUGGCGCCACUAGGUGCGACUUUGUCGUCAGUCGCACAAACCUCUCCCGAAUUAAAGAGAUCAUGGAGAAGUUUGGCAAGCAGCCCAUAAAGCUACCCCUCCGACAGAUCCAGAAACGCCCCAGACAGAGGCGUCUUGGGACAUAG